UACAUAUAAUUUUCCACUUAAACCAGCAACAAGAACCAAAAAGGGGAAGAACUGAGAAUAAUGGAGAAAAGUGAAAAGGGUAAUGGUGCUGCUCCUGCUACAAGGUCUCCAAUGGCUUUAAUGGGGUCAUCUAGAAAUGAAAACCAAGAAGUGAAUACCAGCAUGAGAACUGCCGAGACCAUGCUGCGGUUGGUGCCUAUGGCUUUAGGGGUUGCUGCACUUGUUGUCAUGCUCAAAAACUCACAGUCCAAUGACUUUGGCUCCGUUUCAUACUCAGAUCUUGGUGCUUUCAGGUACUUGGUGCAUGCUAAUGGUAUUUGUGCAGGCUAUUCCCUUCUUUCAGCUAUUAUAGCAGCUGUGCCUCGUCCUUCUACUAUGCCUAGAGCUUGGACUUUCUUCCUCCUCGAUCAGAUUCUAACAUACAUAAUCUUGGGAGCUGCUGCUGUUUCAACCGAGGUGCUUUACUUAGCAAACAAAGGAGACUCAGCCAUCACUUGGAGUGCAGCUUGUGGAACAUUUGCUGGUUUCUGUCAUAAAGCCACAAUAGCCGUGGUCAUCACGUUUGUUGCAGUCAUUUGUUACGCGGUGCUAUCACUGGUCUCUUCUUAUAGACUUUUCACCAAGUUUGAUGCCCCAGUGAACUACCCCAGUAAGACCAUUGAAGCUACUGUUUUCCAUGGUUGAUUUAUGUUAUUACUGAAAUUAAUUUACCUUAUAUUUUCACAUUCUGCUUGUAAUAAUAACAAAAAAGGUUGCUUGCAGUGUGUUUAUGUUAUAUGAUUAAGUAGAGGUGUUGUCUUUGGUGCUUCUUUUGUAAUCUUCAGACUGCUCCCUUUUAGGUUGCAUCAUUAAUGUCAAAAAUGAAAAAAAAGAUUUAUAA